AUGUCAGAGACUCAAACCCCUACAGCAACGUCCUCCAGCUCUUCUCCGGGCGUCGGCCAGAUCUGCUGGCUCGAGGUGCCGGUGACAGAUCCCUCUCGAGCCAAGGAGUUCUAUUCCUCCGUGCUGGGAUGGGAUUGCGACCCGGCCGGCAAGCCAUCAGUCAUGACAGGUGCCGAAAACGCUAUCCAUUUCUUCCACAAGGGAGAGAGCUUGCACGGCGCCUUCAUCCAGAUGCCGGAGGACGGCAACUGUCUCAUCCGGGCAUGGGACGCCGAGGACCCGCUCGCCAUGUCCGUUCUGACGACGUACUGCGUCGACAGCAUCGAGGACACAUUGGCCAAGGUCGAGUCCCACGGGGGAAAGGUCCAUGUCCCCAAGACCGCGAUUGGUGGCAACAUGGGCUACUUCUCGCGUUUCAUUGACAGCGAGGGGAACCUGCAGGGUCUCUGGGCAAUGAACUGA